GCACAUCUUUCAUUUGCCAUAGAAAUUGUUGACGAACUGGUAGUUUGCCAAGUAGUCGAGAAAGUAAUCGGAAAUGUGGAUCAGAGGUUUCUUGGCUUUGUUCCUUUUAUUAGCAUCGGUCGAUGCCCAACACCUGUUUCUGGCUGGAGGUGGACUAACGGCUGAUUCGUAUUUCUUCUGGAAUCGUCUCAUCUUAUUUGCUGGUGGCAGAGGCCAAGCUAAAAUUGGCGUCAUCACUGCCGCAAGGGAUGAUCCAGAAGAAGCUUCCAAAGAGUUAAAGACCAUUUUGAUGAAUCAUGGAGCCCGUCAAGUCACAUGGAUCCCGGUUAGUGGGUCGUUAGAAGACAGUGCCAACAAUGAAACUGUAGCCGCCAUGAUCAUGAAACAGUCGGCCAUUUUUAUUGACGACGGAGAUGUCCAUCGUUUGAUCCGAGUACUACGGAAUGCCGACGGAACCGAUACUAUUGUGUUGGCUGCAAUGAGGGAGAAAUUCCGACGUGGAGUCAUCAGUGGCAGCGGAGCCGGUGCGGCCGCCUUGUCUGGCACGCCUUUGCCCAUUUCCGGACAUAGUUACGAAGCGCUUGUUCAUGGCACAAAAGUUCACACCGAACCAGCACCUGGUCGUCGAGGAGCAAAUAGACGCUUUGCCGGCUGCUCUUACCUGACUAGUGGCCUCGGUUUCUUGCGUUCUUGGUUAAUUGAGCCACAUUUUAAUGAACAUUCACUGCAUGGCAGGACCAUUCGACUUCUUUUGGAUACCCGCGGGGCUGUUGAUUCGUUUGGCCUGGGAAUUGAUCGAGAAAUGGCUAUAGCCAUCUACCGUGUGGGCUCUGAACAAGAAUAUGCUGAGGUUUUGGGGAACAAGGGAGGAAUUUCAAUUAUUAACACCACAAAAGCCAAUUAUGCUACAUCCCCUAAACUUCACAUUUCUGGAGUUCAAAUAACUUUUCUCACUGAGGAUGAUAAAAUCCUUCUUGGAACAGCAGAAGAAGUGCUUCCAGCCACGUGGAAAGCUGAUUUAGCUGGCGAAGAAUGGCACAUCUUAGCCACACCAAGCGAGGACAUCUUUUCAGCUGACAAAGAUGGGACCAAGGGAAAUUUCAACAGAGUAGCCAAACGGCUUUUUGAUUCUCAAUUAAGCAAAAAGGUGUCGUCUGUUACAUGGCAAAGUUCGCCGCGGUUUUUGGUUGAUAUGGAUAGCCGUUCCGGCGAAUCUUUCCACAAUGAUUCACCAUCAACCUCGCAACAUCUCAUCUCCUAUGUACGUCUUUCUGUCUCCAUUUCCCAGAUAGCAUAAGAAAUUGAAUAACUUGAAAAGAUCAAUUUUCUAACAUUCUGAAACUUUCUUUUGAGGCCAAAUAAUCGGGAAGAAAUAAAUUUUGAGGGUUAAGGGAAAUGGUAUGUCGUCCCGUGUCGUAAGAAACCCGUAUAGAGGAUUUCCAUGUGCAAGAGUAGCUAGUAGGCUACUUCCCUGUUCACUUUGUACGGCUGCCAAACAAGAUUAAAGUCUGGUCACUG